UCUCCCCUCUACCCUGCAGAGCUAGCCCAAAGAUCCGUCAAUCGGCCGCCAUGGACAUCCUGCAGAAGCACGGCGCCGACGCCCGCAACCGCAACAACAACAACCAGCAAGCGCCCAUCCGCCUUUCCCUCUCCCCUCCGGGCCGGGUUCCGGUGUCCCCGCCGAUGUCCCCGAACUCGGAGGCGGCGUUGCUGGCGAACGCACGCUGGACGCCGACCCAGGAGCAGCGGGAGCUCCUGGAAGGGCUGUACCGCCAGGGGCUGCACACCCCGAGCGCGGAGCAGAUCCAGGGGAUCGCGGCCAGGCUGCGGCAGCACGGCCCCGUCGAGGGUAAGAAUGUCUUCUACUGGUUCCAGAACUACAAGGCCCGCCAGCGCCAGCGCCAGAGGCUGCAGGGCCUCGCCUACUUCGACAGGGAAUUCCGCCGCCCCAUGCCGAUCCCCGUGCUCCACAGGUUCCCCUCGCCGCCGGCGACGGCUCCUGUUCCUCUUCUUCCUGCUGCAUGCAACAGAUCGGAAGCGAAUAUGUACAGGCAGCCAAGCUUCUUCCCGCAGACGCCACAGGCCGCGGCAAAUGCAACUGCAGCCCACUACUUGCAGACUCAACCGCCGCUGCUGUACCCUGGAUUCGGAAACGCCCCGGCGCUCUCAAGGUACCAGCAGCCAGCUCCGAACAGCGCCGGCGGCAGCGGCACUCAACAACUGCGCGGGAUGCGCUUCCCUUCGGCCAGUGGGGCGGCGAACGCCAGCUCCGGAUCCGGCACCCGUGACCGUGAGACCCUGCAGCUGUUCCCGCUGCAGCCCACCUGCUGGCAGAUGCGCGAGAAGAAGAAGAAAAACUGCAGCAGCACCGGGAGCGGCUCCCCGAGUCCAAUGACGCCCUCCAGCUCCGGCUCAGCCUCCUCGUCGUUCUCUUUGGAGCCGGAGAGCCCGGAAGUGCCGUUCUAUGACUUCUUCGGCCUUCAGUCUGGAGGCCGCGCUGAUUAAUUCGUUGGGAACGAAUUGAAAGGGAGCUAGUAGGAAGAUGAUGACUGUCGAUUUGUCGAACUGUGUCGACUUGGUUAAUUCCUGCAGACUAUAUCUCUCUCAUGCAUGGUCGAGCUUUGAGUUGAUGGACCCAUUGCGUUUUGGGAAAAUUUAUUUACUUAGAAAUGGACUUGUAGUGAGGCCGCAUCUUCCUGUCAGAGAUGGU